AUGUCUAGGCUUAAGCAACCAAAACCUAGGAAGCUAGGUUCGACUAUUUCGGGAAAAGCUAGAAAACAACUUUGCAUUGCGCCAAGAGAAACAUCGAACGUAUCAUUCGAAAUUAGGAUUAAGAAAGUAUUAGAUGAAGGACAAAUG